AUGCAUCAGAGAUCAUGCAAAACCUACAAAUCUCUAAAAGCUAACAUUUCCAAAGUUGAAACAGACAACGAUAGCGAUGGCAGACAAGCAGCUUUCAAACACACCCAUAAAAACACAAAAAUGCCCAAAUCGUCAAUACACCGAUCCAAAGCUAACGCAUUUUUCCAAAUGGAACUCAAACCCCUCGAUAUCAUCUCAGUUUCAAGAGACAAUAUACUUUUCGCUGCCAACUGUGAUUAUACGUCGACGAGCGUUGAGAACUUCACACCUUAUUACUCUAAUGGAAAAAAAAAGUUACAAAAAAUGAACUCUUUGAAAGUUUAA